UCUGGUACUUUCAGUUUAUCAUUUAGCGACAAAUCUACAUAAACAAAAAUGUUUAUUUGAACAUGAGAAUUGUAAAUCAAUCCGAUAAGCCGCCACAAACAGCUCCAGAAGAGUUCUCCUGCGUUAUAGGGUUUAGAUUUCAUUAAUGUUUAUCAAGAUGAAACGAUAGUUAAAAAACAUUUGGUUCUGUUAUGGUAAUAGCGACUGAUGACAUGGAUAAAGAGAGCACCAGCCCACUUUAUUGCAUGGACAUGUUUCUUCACCAUGACUAACUGAAAAUGCAUGCAACUUAAUAGCGCUUCUUGCGUAGUAAACCAAUGUUUGAAAACUAAGGCUUAACAAAUGAAAAAAAUAUUCCCAGAUAAUCAGAAAACCUAUCGUACGCACGUUUCAACGAUCCAAUGCACCUCGUUCACUUUAAUAAAGAUGAACUGUGUGUUAAUAUUAGUCCUCAUUUAAAAGUUCCAAACUAUUCGACGGGUUGGCCUUGAGUCUCACUUAGAUACCUAAUUAGGAAACUACGACGGGUUGAUGAUAUUCUAGCGAUCAUGUCUUCUGCUCUAUCAUGUCGAGCGGAAUUGUCUGAAACUUUGCACAAGCGGAAGCGAAGCGACAUGAUAAGCGGUUGCACUUUAAGUCGCGGUUUCUUCGACCAGGAUUGCCAAACUUUGGCUAGAGCCUUACUUGGGCAGACGCUGGUGCGGGUGGUGGACGGUGAGAGGUUGUCAGGCCGCGUGACGGAGGUGGAGAGCUACCUUGGCGGUGACGACGAAGCUUCCCACAGUCACCACGGCAAAAGAACACCGCGCAAUGAACCCAUGUACAUGCAGCCUGGCACUGCUUAUGUCUACGCCAUCUACGGCAGCUACCACUGCUUCAAUAUUUCCAGCAGAGGCGCCGGGAGCGCGGUGCUCAUACGCGCCCUCGAGCCUCUUGAGGGCGAGGAGCGCAUGCGCGACCUGAGGGACGCCAAGCGUUCUUCUGCCAAGAGGAACUCGUCGCCGGGCAAGCGGACAACUAGGCUGAAGACGCACCAAAUCUGCAAUGGGCCUUCCAAGCUCUGUAUUGCGCUCAGCAUUAAUAAAGAUGAAUGCAACAAACUUGACCUGUGCUCGUCACCAAUCCUUUUCCUGGAGGAGGGCACGCAUGUUUCUGACAGCGAAGUCGUGACGUGUAAGCGCGUGGGCAUCGACCGCGUCGCUCAGCCGUGGCGCGACGCUCCUCUGCGCUACUACGUUCGUGGCUCCUGCUGCGUCAGCGUCCGUGACCGCCUCACUGAAAAUAUUAGUGGCGACGCUGACCAAACAAACGGGGUAGUGGAGCAAGAAGCGACGUUAUCUAAGUCUAGCUGUUGAGUUAGCCAUCGUUCAGAUAAACGGGGUAGUGCAGCAAGCGGCAAAGUUACCUAAGUCUAGCUGUUGAGUUAGCAUCGUUCAGAAGAUAAACGGAGUAGUGGAGCAAGAGGCGACGUUACCCAAGUCUAACUGUUGAGUUAGCCAUCGUUCAGACAAACGGGGUAGUGGAGCAAGAGGCGACGUUACCCAAGUACUAGAGGAACGUCACGACCGAGCCAAUGGUCCCGGACCCGCCCGAUCGAGCGUUGGUUCCAGGCUACGCUCGUCGCUGAGUAGGGCCGAACGCCUCUUAAGCCUGAAAUCGUUCCAGCGCAUAUGCAACGCUACCCAAACGCGGUCUGCACCGUGUGAGUUACCCUCGCAAACAAGGCAAAGGAUGCGCGCACGCUGCACCUUAGGGUGUGGUGGAAGGUGCGCGGCGCUCGAGAGUUCUCUAAGCUGUUGAGUUAGCAUCGUUGUGAAUUACUCUUCAACGUGAAGCGAUUCUCGACGGUGCGCAACCCGCAACGACGGGUUUUGAGUAACAAUCUUAUUUCAAUUUAUUCGCAAGCAACGCAACUCAUUACGUUACUAAAAAAAUCCAGGUCGUUGAGUAGCAAUCGGCGAAAAUCGUUCGACUUGUACCCAUGAUCUUAAAUCAACGCAAAGUUUCUCCGCGUCAUCCAACUCACUGUUCUCGUAAGCAUCUCCAUGAGGUAGUAACUAUACACGUGAACACUCUCACUUCUUAGUGAGUUUUGGUUUAGCACGAAAUUAGAGACUUGACAGUGUUGAGAAAUUUUGUGAGUUUGAAAUACUCGUUCAUAGUUUUAUUAUCAACAGGAAGUUCGGAAUCACAUUGUAAGAGUUUUUCUUUAUAAUUGAUAUUCUUAAGUUAUGUUUACAAUGUUUUUCAAAUUUUACAAACAUUUUUAUGUCAUUUUCUCGUAUUUUAAUAACUGUCAAUAUUCUGUGAUCGGAAUCGUUCUUCGAUGAUGUUAUGCUUGAAAUUACAAUUUCUUAUAGUAAAAUAAUUUUUGAGUGAUUUGAGUAUAGUAGUCUGAGUUGGCAUUGUCAUCUUAGAAUAACUGAAAGAAAAUCAUAAGUUCUAAGGUCAUUGCUACGGUAUUUGUUUAUUUAUUGUUUUCUUGCUACCGAUUUGCAGUAAUUUUAUGCUGCUUCUGUGAAAAUGAUUCUAGAUUUAGCCAUUCAAAUUGAACUUUACUCUGUUGGUGAAAAGCACCCAGUAUAUGUAUUCUCAAACCAAAUAAUGCUACACCAAAUAUUAAUAAUGUUAAUGGUUGUACUUAACUCAUCAGGCUGAAAUAACCUUUCAGUUCGUUAGUAUGCUAACUUCUAGGUUAUAUAAUAACUUAAAACGAAGACUUCGAAGUAUGACUGCAAGAUACUGAUAAGUUAUUCUCUCUUAUACAAGUGGGCAUGAGACACGUGAGUGCGAGUGGGCACAAUUUGGUUGCUGUAGACCCAUUUCUUGACCACGUCCAGCACGUAGACCACGACCACCAGCACGCUCAGGUACUGGAUCCACGCGUGCUUCAUCACGUGCCAGAAGCUUGCGACGUACACGUGUUCCUGCUCCACGUACUUCAAGGAGAGUUCCACGCGGAAUAAGUCGGUCGGCCCUAUAAUGCUCAUGAUGUACUCGUUGCUCAGACGUAGCGUCUCUGUUGAAUUAAAAUUUGUCUGAAUAAUUUCAAGAUGAAAUUAGCUGAGGAACAAGUCUCCCUUGAGACGCGAGAGUUUUUGAUGAAAAUGACACAAUGAUUUAACUGCCUGACAUGGCAACUUAUCAUCAGAAGAAAUGAUCAACGUGACAACUGAUUGAAAAGGAUCGCCUUCCAUCGUGGUUACUAAUGUGGAGGCU